AUGUGGGGCCAAGUCUGCACGGCUGCUGCAGGUGUCACAGGAUCUCCUGACCUGGGCAGCCCCCUGCUUGAUCAGCCUACGGGCAAAAUAUCUACCGGGAGAGCAGAACCACCUUGCAGACUUCCUCUCCUGUCAAAAGCCCCCAUCAGGGGAGUGGCGCCUCCACCCGGAGGUGGUGCACACCAUCUGGAACCUCUUUGGCAGAGCAGAGGGGGACCUCUUCACCUGAGAGGCGUCAACCCACUGCCCUCGGUGGUUCUCCUUGGCAGAGAUGACCAGCCCUCUAGGCCAGGAUGCCCCGGUUCAUCCUUGGCCAGAGGGUCUUCUAUAUGCCUUCCCACCGCUUCCUCUGAUUCAGCCAGUACUUCAGAGAGUUCUUCAGGAGGGUCACAGGAUUCAGCUGGUGGCCCCCUUCUGGCCGGGGAGGACAUGGUUUCCUCUGCUGCACAGACUCUGUCGCGGCGUGCUGUGGCGCCUCCCCAACAGGAGAGAUCUCCUGUCCCAGCUAGGGUGUCGGAUCUGGCAUCCCAAUCCCCAACGCCUCCAACUGGGGCUCGGAGGGUGCUUCCUCCAAGAGCCACGAGACCCCCAGCAUGGGAUCUUCCCCUAGUGCUGGAUGCACUAUGCAGGCCUCCCUUUGAACCCUUGGCACAGGCAGAGCUGAAGUGGGUGUCAUAUAAGGUUGCAUUCCUCCCAGCCAUUCCCUCUGCGAAGCGUGUCAGUGAGCUGCACGCUCUGUCUGUCACCUCAGAUGCCUCCUCAACUUCCUCCUCCUCCUCAUCACCUAGUCUCGGAGGUUUUGUGGACUUCACUUUCACUCUGGAGCCUCAGGACACGGUUACAGUCCGAGGUGGCGUAUUGCAGCUCGACUGCCAGGCACAGUCUGACGCAGUGGUGGGACCUCCCACCAUCAUAUGGCGUAAGGACGAUGUGCUGCUGAGCACGGUGGUGGACGAGCGGCGGCAGCAGCUGGCUAAUGGCUCGCUGCUGGUGCAGAAUGUUGUGCACUCGCGGCACCAUCGACCUGAUGAGGGUGAAUACCAGUGCCUCGCUACACUGGACGGACUGGGGAGUAUCGUUAGCCGGACUGCCAGGGUCACUGUGGCGGGUCCACUGAAGGUGGUUGUCCCCACCGAGUCCGUCUCCUCAUACCUCGGUGAUACCGCCCUGUUGCGCUGUGAGGUCUCGGGUGACCCAACGCCUGUCAUCCGCUGGCAGAAGAACCGGGAGGACCUGCCGCUGAUGUUUGACCCCGAUUCACGCCUAGCGGUACUACCAUCCGGCUCGCUGCAGGUCAGUCGCGUCCAGCCGCCAGACUCAGCCACGUACCGCUGUCUGGCUGACAACCCCGGCAGCACCAGGACGGGGAUGGAUGCCGAACUCCGAGUGCUCCCAGAGCCUGGGGUGAGCAGGAACCUGCAGUUCCUCCAGCGUCCAUCCAGAGCAUCAGUUCUGCUGGGAACUGACGCCGUGCUGGAAUGUGCCGCUUCAGGAUACCCAACACCGAGCAUCCAGUGGAGAAGAGGAGAGGAACUUAUCCAGAGCUGGAAUAAGAAGUACUCUCUGCUGGUGGGCAGUAAUCUGAUCAUCAGGAGCGUCACUGACGACGACUCUGGCAGUUACAGCUGUACAGCCUCCAACAAGAACCAUAACAUCACUGCACACACAGAGCUGAGUGUACUGGUGCCUCCUCAGUUCCUGAACUACCCGACCAACACGUACGCCUACGAGUCCACAGACAUUGAGCUGGAGUGUGCUGUGACAGGAAAUCCACCGCCAACUGUCCGCUGGAUGAAGAAAGGGGAGGAAGUCAUCCCCAGCGACUACUUCCAGAUAGUGGACGGCAGUAACCUGCAGAUUUUGGGUUUGGUGAAGUCGGAUGAAGGAUUUUAUCAGUGUGUAGCUGAAAACUCAGCUGGCAGCUCGCAGGCGAUGGCUCAGCUGCUGCUCCGAGAGCCAGUGUCCCCCAGCCCAGGCGUUGCCCUCCCCUCUGCCCCCCGCGACCUGGUCCCUGUCCUAGUGUCCAGCCGUUUUGUCCGACUCAGCUGGCGCCCCCCAGAGGAGACUGGAGGAGCCGUGCAGACCUAUGGUAUUUAUUAUUCCCAGGACGGAGUCGAGAGGGAGCGGUCAGUGAAUGUGUCGGAGCCAGAGUCUCUGGAGUUGACUGUGUCCAAUCUGAAACCAGAGGAGAGCUACAGCUUCAGAGUCAUUGCUUACAACGACGUGGGCCCAGGAGAGAGCUCCGCCCCAUUGAGGAUCACCACCAAGCCUGACCUCCAGGUUCCCAGCAGGGUGGAGUCUCUCCAAGCUGAGGCUCUGUCUCCCACCUCCAUCCAGGUGAGCUGGGAGCCUCCCAGCCAACCAAACGGCCCCAUCCUGGGCUACAGACUGCUGUGGACCGAAAGCCCGUCGGGCAAGGAACAGAGUGUGGAGGUGAGCGGACUCAACUACAAGAUGGAGGGACUCAAUAAAUUCACAGAGUACACAGUUCGAGUUUUGGCGAUCAACCGCUACGGACCAGGCACUGCGCCAGAAACCAUCAGCGUCACCACCCAAUCAGAUGUACCCAGCGCUCCUCCCCAAAACAUCACCUUAGAGGUCGUCCUAUCCAGGAGCAUCAAGGUGUCAUGGCAGCCACCUCCGCGCAGCACCCAAAAUGGCCUCAUCUCUGCCUACAAGAUCAAAUACAGGAAGACCGGUCGCCGGGGAGACCAAGAGGCAAUCGAACCCAACAACUUCUGGUACCUGUUCACAGGUCUAGAGAAGGGCAGUCAGUACAGUUUCCAGGUAGCAGCUAUGACGGCCAAUGGAACAGGUCCGGCCAGCGACUGGUACACCGCUGAGACGCCAGAGAAUGACUUGGAUGAGAGUCAGGUGCCCGACCAGCCCAGCUCUCUGCACGUCAGGCCACUGCCCAACAGCAUCAUCAUGUCCUGGACUCCACCGCUCAGCCCAAACAUCCUAGUUCGAGGCUACAUCAUCGGCUACGGUGUGGGGAGUCCCUAUGCCGAGACGGUCCGAGUGGACAGCAAGCAGAGAUACUACUCCAUCGAAAACCUUGAGCCGAGCUCGCACUACGUGAUUUCCCUGAAGGCGUUCAAUAAUGCAGGAGAGGGAGUCCCUCUGUAUGAGAGCGCUGUCACUCGAUCUCUGACAGACCCCAUUGACCCAUCUGAGGAUGACCUCUUCCACCUCUUUGAUAAAUACCCCACUCCCAUGCCAGACACCAGCACUCCCAUGAUCCCCCCAGUAGGGGUCCAAGCCGUGGCUCUGUCCUCGGACUCAGUCCGCGUCUCCUGGGCCGACAACUCCAUGACCAAGAACCAGAAGGCGUCUGAGGUCCGGUACUACUCCGUCAAAUGGAAGACCAGCUACUCCACCAGUGGCAAGUACAAGUCUGCAGACACCACAGCGCUCAGCCACACUGUCACCGGCCUCAAACCAAACACCAUGUAUGAGUUUGCUGUCAUGGUAACCAAAGGUCGCAAGUCCAGCACCUGGAGUAUGACGGCACACGCCACAACAUAUGAAGCAGCUCCUAGCUCCGCUCCUAAAGAUUUGACAGUUAUCAGUCGUGAGGGACGACCCCGCACCAUCUUAAUCAGUUGGCAACCACCAAUGGAGGCUAACGGACGAAUCACAGGUUACAUCCUGUACUACACGCUGGAUAAGAACAUGCCAAUAGAUGACUGGGUAAUGGAGGCGAUUACAGGUGACCGGCUGACCCAUCAGGUUGUGGAUCUGAACCUCGACACGGUUUAUUACUUCAGGAUCCAGGCCAAGAACGCCAAAGGGGUCGGCCCGCUGUCUGAACCCGUCCACUUCAGGACUGCCAAAGUGGAACAUCCAGACAAGAUGGCCAAUGAUCAAGGUCGAGGAGGAGACCAUGCCUACUGGCCGUCUGACACCAAUCUAAUUGACAGGAGCAGCAUUAACGAGUCUCCCAUUGGUCAGAUGCGUCCACCUCAUGGCAGCGCCACGCCUCAAAAGAAUAGUAACCUCCUGGUCAUCAUCGUGGUUUCGGUGGGAGCUGUCACCGUGGUCGUGGUCGUCAUUGUGGCGCUUAUUUGCACUCGGCGCUCCUCCGCCCAGCAGAGGAAGAAGAGAGCUAGCCACAGCGCCAGUAAGAGGAAGGGCAGCCAGAAGGAUUUGCGACCUCCUGACCUUUGGAUCCAUCAUGAGGAGAUGGAGAUGAAGAACAUGGAGAAAGCUCCCAGCGUCGCUCCGUCUGGACGCGAUUCGCCCAUCCAGUCCUGCCAGGACCUUCCCCAGGUUGCACACAGCCAAUCAGAGAGCCAGAUGGGCAGCAAGAGCAGCCACUCAGUGGCUGACGGUGACGAGGCGUCCAGCAGUAUCUCUACUCUGGAACGUUCAAUGGCUGCCAGGAGGGGGACACGAGGCAAAAUGAUGAUUCCUAUGGACUCACAGCCGAGCAACACACCGGUGGUUAGUGCCAUCCCGGUGCCAGCUCUCGACUCUUCUCAGUAUCCUGGUAUCCUGCCUUCACCUUCCUGUGGCUUCACUCACAACAAGUUCAGCCUGAGGCCGAUGCCUUUCCCAAGUCUGACAGUGGACAGAGGAUACACACCAGCGAUGCCUUCAGAUGCCUCCACCAACCCUCUCCUCCAGCAGCAGCCUCCGCCCCAGCAGGCCCCUCCACUCCUUCCCGGUUCCUCUGCCCCACCUGGAGAGCAUGUUCCCGGUGUUGGCCCGAUCCCAGGAGCCCCUGCUGCUGCUGCCGCUGAGGAGGCCCAGGCUGGGAGUGGGCGGACCAUCCCGACAGCGUGCGUGCGGCCCACCCACCCUCUACGAAGCUUCACCAACCCACUGCUGCCACCGCCUAUGGGGACCAUCGACCCCAAAGUGUACACCUCCAUGAUGCCGCAGUCCAGUGCAAGCCUUCCGAAGCCCCAGGUAAAGACGGCCUCUCUGGGUCAGGCUGGUAAGGCUCGAUCCCCUCUGCUGCCUGUCUCAGUCCCUACAGCGCCAGACUUACCAGAAGAGGGAGGAACAAAACCCACAGAGGAUUCAGCUGCCAGUGUUUACGAGCAGGAUGACCUUUCGGAGCAGAUGGCAAGUCUAGAAGGGCUGAUGAAGCAACUCAACGCCAUUACUGGUUCCGCCUUCUAACCUCUGACACCAUCCCAGCCCAUCCCUCGGCCAUGAUCUAGUGUGGAACCCUUCUUCAAGCCUCGAUAUCACCUGCUGUCCGUAUGAUAAUGGCGGCAACAGGUCAAUCUGGGUUUGAAGACGCCUCCGUGGAAUCAGACCUCCAUCUGUGCUGGGUUGAGUUUGUUUGGUUUCUACUGGUCUCGGCCAGUGUCUACUGUUUGGGACCGGGUUAGGAUAGAGGGGAAUCAAACAAAGGACAAACACUACAGCAGCACAGCAUCAACUCCAAGAACAGGACAAGAGUGGAGGGGCUUCUAGACUCUUCAACCUCAAACACAAAACUAGAAAAACCCAAUGCCUAGCACCUCGGCUUAAUGACACAGGAUGAUGGGAUUAUCACAAAAAAAGAAGACAAAGUUAUAAGAUCCCUCCUGUUUCUCUUCUUUGUGGUAUUUAUUAGCGUCCUCUUCCGCUGAGUUAUACACAACUCAGUUACUGUGACUGUACCUCACUUAUUUUUCAUGAUCACCGUUGGAAGUAUUCCUUUUGUCUUUUGUUUUCUGUUUGGGUAUUCCAACUUUGUGCAUUUACAGGAUGUGUAUAUGGUUUGAAAAUGCCACCAGAACCGACAGUGACAAAUAGAAACACAUCCUCAGCCACCAAAGUUUCACCAAAACAUAAUUUUUCUUGCCUGAAUCCAAGGUUGCCUGUUGUGGUGACACAAGGUGAUCAUCUCUGGCAUUUCUUGCCUAUUUUUCCACAAUUUCUCUCUUUUUGUUCCUCCCUUGAAAACCUUAUGAUUUCACUGAACCAUUCAUCUCCCAUAACCCAUGCAGCCCUUCCACCUCUGGAUUCUGAGGUUUAAAAAGGGGAUUAAAAAUGUGAUUUUGGCCAGAAAGAAACAAGUGUGAGAACCUGCCAGAUCAGUCUGAAACGCCUGGAUCAGAUCCAGCUUACUCUGCUCCUACAGGACUGUAUAGAAAUCUCUAUAGACUCCCACAGUCUGUUGCUGCUCUUGACCAAGCCUUUACUCUCCCUGUCCCAGACAAACUUCAAUCUUUACCGACAAAGACUUGUGUCGUUGCCAAAUUCUCAUCUUGGGAAACUUAUUGUAACCUUCUUUGUUUUUGCUCCUUGUUCAAGUUUAUCUCAAUCCCAACCACGGACUGGACAUCAGUGAAAAGCAGUAAGAUGAUCCAUGUGGAACACAUGUUUUAAGAAAUCUGGAUUUGGAUUGUUAGGACCUAUCACAUCCUGGACAAAUGAAGGUUGGCCUUGGAUGGUAUGUGGGGAUUGGUCCUUUUGAGAAAGGUGUUCAAAUUCAGUCUUAACACCUCAUUCACAAUUCGUCAUGUUGCAGUGUAUGUAUGUAACAUUCAGUGCAUUCCCCUGCUGGUUAAAGUACUAAAGAGCAAUCAGAGUCUGUGAAAUGGAGAAAAGUUAAGACUGUAUUCUCGCAAUCCAAUCAACAGGAAAAAAACGUUGGAAUUUCUGCAAACCACUGAUACAUUACAUUUGUACGUUCUUUGUAGCGGAUACAUUAAAACUUUAAAUUUCUCAACAGCGCUGUGGUGAAUGUGGUGUUAGGUUUAGGCAUAAAAAAUACUUUGUUAUGGUUAGGAAAAUAUCACAUUUCGGCUUAAAACACCCAUGUUUAGUAGCUCAAAUACCACUGGGAAACGCUGAAAUGUGUCGGUAAAAAACCUCCACAUUCCCUGACUCAAACACCGCAAUGUGUUAGUGAAAAUCUCCACGUUCAAUUCAACGCUCAAUUGCCACUGGGAAACACAAUGAUGUUUCGGUAAAAAACAACCAGAUUUGGUGCCAUUAAACACCGGUGGGAAUGCCACAAAGGGUUGCCAAAAAUAAAAACUGGUUUUGUUGGCCUCAGUCAUCUGCAGUGGUCUAGUUGUCAUGCCAUCCACUGUCUCCCCCUUUUUCUCCAGAUGAUAAAGUCAGCUCAUAUACUGGGUCACUUUGAAUACGUUGAUAUGCUACAUAUGAAACAUACAAAUAUAUCUGUGGUUUGCAAAAAUCUACAAUGCCAAUAUUUUCUUGUGAUGACUGGGCUGGUUGUUGACUUUUGGGAUACCUGUUCAUGCGUUCACAAAAGACAUUUAAGAGGCACAGUCACUGAAGCAAGGUAAUCAUAAAACAUUAUAAGAAGCAAAACAAUAUGUUGUUAUGCGAAAGAGAUAAUGAAGUCAUAACCACAAGAUAGCAGCUAUCUUAUAAAUAACUAAACUGCAGUCACUAGAUCAAGAUCUCAAUUAUAAAAUCACAGAAAUAUCAUCUUGUUGUAAACAAUGAGUUUGACAUUUGGCAUGACUGAUGAAAGAAUUCAUUGUGAAGGAGGUGUAAAAGCAAUGGGAUCAAAGAUCAAGUUAUUACUAGUGGAAUUAUUGUUGUUAUUAUUAUUACAAUUGAGAUUAGAGAUGGUAGUGGGCAGCCGAUGAUGAUAAUAAUGAGAGUGAUCUCUACCAUUGUUUAGUUUUUUCAAUUUUGUGCAGUUUGUGUGUUUGACUGCAGAUGAGUGUGUUGUGUUUCUAGCCUGCUUUAUGAUGAAUCCAUAUUUAUUUUUCACGAGAUAAACACACAUGUACCUCUGUCGACCUUGAUCGCCCAUGUGGGAAAAUUGAAACCGCCAGCUUCACUUUGAGUUUACUUCAGGGCGUUCGGUUUUUAUACAAAAAUACGAAGAAAAAGUAACAAAAACAAACACACAAAUGAUGCAUAUUCCACAAAGUAUAUUUUUACAUUCACUGUCCUGUCAGAACUGUGCUUUUUCAAAUCAGGUUUUUUUAAACACAUUUCCACAGAGAGCUACUUUUAAAGUCAUGAGCCACCAUGAUUCCACCAUAACACAAUUGAUAACCUGCAGCCUUUGAUUGCAUCAAAAGGAGUUACAUUUUAUUCAGGAUUCAGUUAUUAACUGGUAUGGAGAGACUCGUUUAUGCCAUUUUUAGUUUUACAUACUUUAAAGAGAGGAAUGAGGAAAAUAUUUGCAAUGAGGGGAUUAAACCUGCAUUGUUGUGGUUUCAAGAUGACCUCUGAGGUCAGUCAGGAUGACAGAACAGGGAGCACUUGCCUUUCAGUUCUUUAAAACAACUAGAUUUGUAUUGACAGCAGGAAAGAAAAAUCAGAUUUGGAGAAUUAGCACAAGAAUUAUUGGGUUGGGAUAUUUUUUGGGAGUGAAAUGGAGAAAGGCAGCAGCUUAAAAUGACAAAUGAUUCCUUAAUCAGCUGAGGGGAAAAGAACAGGCCAUCAGUAUGCUCCAUAUUUGACUGUGUCACCCCAGUCACCAUAUUGUAAUUUUCAGACCUUUAUCUUUCUGUGAUGAAAGGAAAAAGCCUGAGGGAGACAGAGGGAGCGGAGGCAGAGAAGGUGAAUUGAUAUUCAGAGGUGGUUUGUAUGUGCGAGCGAGGGCACAGAGGAAUGAGGCCGGGAAUUCAUUAUAACGCUGUUUCAAAUAUUAUGAUUCAAGCUCACGCUCGCUGGGCUGUUACGGCUGCGGGGAAAAGUCCCGCGGAUGGAGGGGAUGCAAAGGUAACGUCUCUACAGAACGAGCGAGGGGAUGAAAGGUGAAGGAACGCGGGCAAGCGGGCGGUGUGGGGAUCAAACUCAUCAGCGUGUUCUGGAAGAUACAUCCAGUCCGAGCCGAGUGCUUUCAUACCUCUCCAAUCCGCACUUUUCCCCUUUUUGAAAGCAGAGCAGAGCUGCAGACAAGAUGGAAUGAUCCAACGCUGCCAGGCGAGACUGAAAUUAGAUUUAAAGAAAGAAAAUCUGAUUUUAACAUUAAAUUCUAAAUUAAAUGGCCUGUUGACACAAGAGAUUUCUUCUUUUCAGUGUCGAAAGGGGAAAGAAAGAUGAAAGUAGAGAAAAUAAUCAUCAGAAAUAAAUAGUCAUACUGGUACACAUUUUAGCCCAUUAAAAUUAUAUUGAAUAUUUCAUUUUCUAAAUAAUCCAUCAGUUCUUAAAUUGAUUCCUUCCCUCCCGGCGGCCAUUCUUUUAUUUCAUUUAUAUGAAAAUAAACUUACAGAGUCUUCACACCUGGCCUGGCUCCAGAAAUUUGAAACAACACACACAUCUCUGAAGAAGCAAUUCAGAAAGGUCUGGUGGGGUACUCAAUGAAGCAAAUCAGAGCUUUUUAGGGGGGAAGAACUGGAGCUUAAGUUUUGACCAACAUGGAUAAGAUAAACGAUCAACUAAACAACAAACAACAAAACAUAACUCGACAUAAACUUUUAGAUAACUGCUCUCAGCGGUCAGUAGCUACUGGUUAAUGGCCAACAUGAAUGUCAAACUGAAUGACAAAGUGCAAUGACUUUGGUUUCACACAGGACAUUAACUGCAGUCUCCUAGCUCAAACUGUGUUUGUUCAACAUAUCCUCAUGGAGCGCUUUGUAUGAUAUCCUACAAAAAUGCACACACAACAGUAGAUAUGAAAUUCUACAAAUUGGCGCCCCAUGAAUGACAUUACAUUCUUAACGUAAAGUUAUGUAUUUAACGUAAAGUUACAGAGGUUGGGUUUAGGGAAACAAAGCUUUUGUGGUUAGGUUAAGGAAAAGACAUAUGUUGAAGAUGUACUUUCAAAUGACUCUGAGUUCACCCGGUUCCGUACACUGCGUCACUCUGCAGUUACACCUACAAAACACUGGUCACCGGUGGGGUUUCUGUGAAGUUCUGUAAAGUUUAGUUCUUUCAAAACACACCCAGAACAGUUGUUAAACAUGAGUUAAUUUCAAUUACAAGUACACAAAUCAGCUUCACUUUAACUCGCAGCAUUCACAGACAAAACACCUGUGUUUUGCUGGACACAU